AUGGCGAAGCGACGAGUGACAGCGCUCUGACAGGCGCGGGGGGACGGCGCACACGGACACGACGGGACUCAGUCCUCCGCCGUCAGUCGUGCGAGCCGCACGCGUCGCUACCCAGUGCCUGUGACUUGUGGAUUAUGUGCUGACAACGGAGUAUUCAUUUCGUGAAGUGCUACAAUUAUUUUUGUGAGUGAAGAAAUUAUCAAAGCUGGAAAAGGAUACCGUCUUGUGGAGCAAUAUGCUCACGUCUAGCAACCAGUACCUGCGACCGGAUUACCUGUCGCCGCUGCCCACCACGCUCGACGCGAAAAAGAGCCCGCUGGCGCUUUUAGCGCAGACCUGCAGUGCCAUCGGCGCCGACACACCCAACCCCAAACUGAUCUCCGCCGCAGAGAAAGCCAGCAAGAAGUACGAAGACAAAACAACCAUACACAUGGAUAACAAACCAAGCUUCAAGCCCUACGAGUCAUGCCUGACGAGAGAAAAGACUAGAACUCCGGAGGACAGGUCUUCGGCCAACCCACAUUCGAAGACGCCUCUCUCUUCUAAAGGGAGCACGUCGACGACUCCAGUGCAGGCCCGGUGCCAUAGCAAUCAGAGUUCCUCGUCUCAACGCACGUCACCACCUGCACAUCGCAAAACACCAUCGGAGAAAUCGGAGGAACGGUCCAGUCCUCUCAAUUCCCCGAUUCCUGCAAAAUCUAAUGCGGAGCUGACCAGCUCAGCGUCCAAGUUACCAUACAUACCGACGUCCCUGACGUCUAGUGCCGAAACCAAAGAAUCUUCAAGCUUCAAGCCCAGUGUACCAGUGACGUCCUCGGCCUUCCUGGGUGGAUUAACUCCGAGCGGCUUCCCGCUUCCGAUGGAUUUAAUGACUAGCAGUUUAAUGGCCGCUCAACACCACGCAUUAAAGAACGGUCUAAAUCCAUACCUCGCCUAUGCCAGAAUGAAGGCUCCAGGAAGCGAUCUUGGCAUCUGCCGGGAUCCGUACUGCACAGGCUGUUCUUUAAGUUCUCAUUUGCUCAAAUCUGCGGUUUGUCCCGCCGGCUGCGCUCAGUGCGAUCACGCCAAGACACCGUUCUCCCUGCCGAGCGGACACCCUGCCGCUGCCGCAUACGCCCACGCUCAGCUGGCGGCACUGGCGGCAGCGUCGCAGCUGCCCUUUGUGUGCAGUUGGAUGGCGGGUGAUUCUGCCUACUGUGGGAAACGAUUCGCAACCUCAGAAGAGCUGCUUCAACAUUUACGGUCGCACACGGCGAGCGGGGAAUCCAGCCCAAGCCUAUCGAUGCUAAGCGCAACACACCCGCUGUUGCAGCGCACGUACCCCACGCCGCCGCUGUCGCCGCUCACACCGCGCUUCCAUCCGUACAGCAAGCCCUCGCACCUGGUGUCGUCGCCGCCGCUGCCUUUCCCGCUGCCUCCACACCCCUCGCUGGCCGCCUACUUCCCUUCGUACCCGCUUUUUGGCCCACGGCCGCUGCACCCGUGAGGACCGUCGGCGCUCCACGCACACAAGAAGGGGGGCGCCGAUCGCUAACGCCCAUUCGUAAACGGACAAUCGGAACGGAGGAAGUGUAAAUAUAGGUUAGUGUUCUUCCAGUUUCUAGUCGGCUCAUAUCAUCGUCGGACGCGAAGGCCUAGUGGCCACACCAGCUGUGAUCUCUAACUCGUAAUAUUCGUUAUAGUUUAGUGCAGCGGACUCCGCGAGGACUCCUCUCUCGCCUCGCCGCCGCCGCUCCUCGCUGCGUGCGCGGUCUUUACUUUUAUAGCUAGAAUAACGAAAUUUCUAUGUACCAAAUCGAUAGAAGUAAUUUAAAUAGUUUUUUUUAGUUGUUGCGAAUAAUUAUUGAGAAUUGUUAAUUAAUUGUGUUUGUAUUUUUUAUGUAAUCGAUGUAUUUCGAAAAAUACCUGAUGACACUAAUCACAUAUCUCUGCAACUUAAAGUUAAGGAAUAGUAUGCGCUAAAGUAAUUAUUGUAAAAUAUAAAUGUUACCGCAAAUCAAUGUCCGGGUUAUUUGUGUAGCCACUUUCUACUUUUAUCUCAUAAGAUUUGAACACAAUUUAUUUAGUGAUUUACAUUUGAUCGCUUGCUGUACCGGCACUCUGUUGUCUGACAUAAAAUGAUAAAUAGAUGUAAUACUAUCGAUGUUGAACACAUUAAUUGUAUCUGUGGACAGAAGCUCGUAAUUGCAUGUACUAGAUUCUUACGAAUUGACACUACACUGUAAGUUCUUGCAAUCGAUAUCUGUUGACAUAAAGAUUUGUUGUUAUAAACGAAUAUAAAAUUGAAAAAAAAAUAUACGUAAAUAUUUAAUUC